GGCAUGCCGGGCGCGGCCCAGGUGGGCAGGUACCUGGGCGGGGCGCGCCGCGGUUGGCGUCGGGGUGGCCGGGCGGUGGCCGCGGGGGCCGAACACCCGGAAGAGCCGUCCCCUUAGCGAGCGCAACAGGCGGCCGCCGAGGGGCUGGGGCCCGUGGGGAGCAGGCCCGAGAUGGACAAGCUGAAGAAGGUGCUGAGCGGGCAGGACACCGAGGACCGGGGCGGUCUGUCCGAGGUGAGUGGGACUCUUCUGCUAUGGGUGCCCAGGAAGGGACUACCCCUCUUUGCAGUAUUUUACACCCUUGGUAACAUCGCAUCAAUUGGAAGCACCAUCUUCCUCAUGGGACCAGUGAAACAGCUGAAGCGAAUGUUUGAGCCUACGCGUCUGAUUGCAACUAUCAUGGUGCUGUUGUGUUUUGCACUUACCCUGUGUUCUGCCUUUUGGUGGCAUAACAAGGGGCUUGCACUCAUCUUCUGCAUUUUGCAAUCUUUGGCAUUGACGUGGUAUAGCCUCUCCUUCAUACCGUAUGCAAGGGAUGCUGUGAAGAAGUGUUUUGCCACGUGUCUUGCAUAAUACACAGCCAAUUUUGCAAAGUUUCAGAAGGCACUAUGGAUGGAAGCUGGUGGACAGUUGUGUAAAUAUCUUUUAAACCUCUGUCUUACAGACAUGUGCCUUUAAUCUUGCAGCAACGCGUUGCCUGCGAUUCAAACAUCUGAGACUUGCUUUUGGAAGCAACAAUAUGUUCCCAAACCUGAAUGUCUGUAGCACAGUAUGAGAAAUGAGUUCUGUUCUGUAUCUUACAGAUUGGAAUCUUCCUCAUGCACCUCUUUGGAUGUUGUCCCUCACAAAUAAAAACCUGUUAGGCAGCAGCA